AUCCACUUUAAUCGAUUAGGACCAUAAGCUAACACAAUUAGCAGCAGUUGAUGAGUAGUGAACCGGUUAAUCUUGCAGUUGUUAGCCAAAGAGAGAAGAAGAAGUGCUGGCUGUGUGCACAACCAACUCUGCAACUCCAGGGUAAUGAAUUGUGCAUGCAAGCUGAGCAAUAUCAGCUUGGAAACAUUCAUACUAGUCCACGGAAAGCAUUAAUUGCUGGUACACUUGGGAAGAUGUGAAAGCAAGAAGAUAUAACUUUUUUUGUAAUUGACAUGUGAUUGUAGAACAAAAGAGGAGAAUCCCAAGAAAGAAGGUGGUGGAUUGUCUGCCCACUUCAUGGAAAUCUGCUUUCACUCAGCACAUUAAUUAGCUCGGAAACGUGCUGACAUGAGACCAUGCUAUGCAUUACUGUUGGUACAGUUAGGAAGUGAAGUAUAAACAAGCAGAUAGAAAUUUUUAUUGGCAUAUCACUGCAGAAGAAAAUAUGAGAAACACAGGAAGAAGGAAGGUGGUUGCUUGUCUGCCCACUGCAGGAAAUUUGCUUUUGCUACUUCAAUCUCGUGCCAUUGAAGUCUUCUUGCACAGUCCAUUGAGAUGGUCUGCAAAAUAUGCAUUCAUCUGAGCCAAACUCAACAUCCAAACACUAAACAUGGAUUGGAUUGGAAAGAAUAGUGGUUAAAGUGUCAUGUUGAGUGGCAGUUGUUCUCUCUAUCCAACGCAUAAGAAAUCUUGAAGGAUGAUCAACUCAUCUGUUCUUCCGGCAGUCAAGUCAAGCCAUAAUGGUAGCUCAGCUCAAACUUCAGCAGGGUGUUGUGUUUCUCCUGUUUGAUAUCUGAAUCAGUCCAGUCCAUAUCUGAAUCCUCUUUUCAUGGUAAUGUCAUCAAGCCUCAUGCUCAGAGUUGUUUCAGAGAUUGCCAACCUUGGUCGACAACAACAUCUCAUGUCACUUCUGUGAACAGCAUGUAUCUGCUCUCUCUCUCUCUCUCAAGUCUUGGAGUCUUAAGACAAAUCUAAUUAAUAACUACAAAAUAAUUAACAGAUCUUGGAAUCAGAUACAACUUUGAAAACUUUCUCCAAUAAAUUUCAAUCAGAGACAGCAUCAGCCUCUUCAAAGCUUGCAGUGCAAACUGUGUUUCAUGGUGUUCUCACUAGAGAUUACCUGUGCAAGACAGACCAACCAUAAGGACAAGCAGCCAAACCCUGGUAAGCUUUCACCACCACUGGCCAACCCAGGUUUCAGGCCUUCCCCUUCUGCUGCCACAUGCCCAUGCAGUUUCACCAAUGGAAGUUAAAGAACCUAACAGUCUAUUUCGGGGAAGCCCCCAAUGCCAUUCCUUUGUCUCCUAAUUAUAUUCUUGCAUUAUAAAUUGGAGACUCUUGGCUUUAUCAUUCCUAUCUUUUGUGACCAACAAGCCAGACUGGUAGCUUCCUCUCCAGCAUUACCCCUCUUGCAUCCCACAGUUCCCAUGGGAGACCAGAGUAAUUCCCCUUCUUCCUCCAUAGACAGCAGCAGCAGCCACCCUGCUCUCUGCUCUACAUCUUCCAUCUUCCAGACAAGGAGAGACCUACUGAGCACAGAUCUAAAGCUAGGACUUGGCCUCUCAACUUCAGCUCUGCAUGGUUGUUCUUCUAAAGAAAGGAGCACACUCGAGGAGAAAGUUCAUCGAAGCCAUUCGAAAACAUUCUUCGUGAAGGUUUACAUGGAGGGCCUUCCCAUUGGCAGGAAGCUCGACUUGUUCUCACACAGUGGCUACGACAGCCUAACGAGGACACUUCGACGCAUGUUUAGGACGACGAUCAUAUGCCCUGAUACUUCUCGAGUUCCUUCAGAGAAGGCUCAUGUACUGACCUAUGAAGACAAGGAAGGAGACUGGAUGAUGGUUGGAGAUGUCCCAUGGGAGUUGUUCUUGAGAACCGUCAAGAGAUUGAAGAUCACAAGGGCUGACAAGUGCUAGUGUUCAUUUCCGAGCUCAAUUUUUUUUGUAUCUGGUUGCAUGUAACAUCAAAAUUAGAACAACAUGCAGCAAAAUUAGCUAGUUUACUAGUUGGGUGUUCCCUCUCCUCUAUUCAUUGUUCUAAAAGAAAAAGGUAUACACAAUGCAAUGGUUGUUUGCAGAUGUACAGUCAUACAAACAAAUAAUAAUAAUUGAAGUGGCUUCCUUGCUCUGAUCUUCACAGGA